AUGUGAUCUUUUAAUGACUGACAAUUGCGUUGACUUAAUAACGAACGUGCGAAUGUUUGUUUAAUCUCUGACCGUGCGCCAUUUAGCUUCAUAACAGAACAACUUACAUGGCUGUUUAAUUCAUUGUUGAUGUAACAGUGAAGAAGCUAUGUUGAUUUAAAAUUGACCUUGGUACGCUUAUAAGUUUCCCAAUAUUUGGACAUUACUUUCGCCAUUGGCAAAACAAAUGCUGACAAGCCAUGGAAUUAUCCACCACUAACGCCUCAAUAAACGUAGAUCCGGGAAAUCUGCUAGUGACGUCACAGAUCGCUAACGUGACGUCAUUGACGUUGAACCUGACGGACGAGCAAAGGCUGACGAUACUACAGCGCUAUAACGAUGAAAAAGCGACGCUAUACAUACCCGUCAUUGUGUACAUGGUAAUCUUGACGGUUGUCGGGACCGUCGGUAACGUCUUGGUGUGUUGCGUCUACUGCUGCAAGCCGACGAAGACAUCAUCCCAUUUCUUCAUAAUGACGCUGGCGGUGCUCGACCUUUUAACCUGUGCCAUUGGCAUGCCGACCGAAAUAAUUGACCUCCGUUAUCCGUACAUGUUUUACGCCUCGGCCGCGUGCAAAUUGCUACGUUUCGUGGAAUCCGUUACCACGAUCGGCUCAUCAAUGAUACUCAUCUCUGUCGCUGUCGACAGGUUCCUCCGAAUCUGUAAACUAGGCAGGAAUAUUUCAGUCGCCACAUCGAAGCGCAUUUGUGUGGCGGCCAUGUUUGUGGGCGUGGCCUUGUCAUGGCCGGCGUUCUUGAUUUUUGGACGGCACACUGAAGAGCUUGAACCGGGUAUUCAGGGAGUGGACUGUUCAACGGACGACUCGAUUCGCCACACGCAUUAUCCCAGUAUGUAUUACGGGGUGCUCGGCCUUUUGUUCGUUGGAUGCUUAACAUUCUUUGCGAUCAUUUACGUGCAAAUUGGACUUCAAAUUUGGCGCCAAAAGCGGGCAAACAUUGGCCAGAAAGUCAACCGCGAUUCGGGGAUUUCGACUUCAACAGGCAAAGGGCGAGUUUUGAGUACGAGUUCAAUUCGGGACAGUCAAGGAGCGGAACAAAACGGUGAUGUUGGACACAAUACGAGUAACGGCAAAGCAGAAACUCCAAUCGACAAUGGGUCCGACCCCAUAAGCACUGACAUGUCGUCUGAACCAAUGAACGAGUCGGCAAACUCGAAGAAGAAAUGCGUCAAAGAAAAGCGCGGUUCUUCAACAUCCUCCGCCAGUACAAAAACAGACUUUCCCAAAAAGCGGACAAUCAAAGUCACGCGGACAACUGUUGUUUUGUUUGCGGUGACUGUCGCCUAUGUUAUAAGCUACUUACCGUUCUUAAUUCUAAUGACGAUCCGAAGCGUAAAGAAAGAUUUCGAAGACAAUUUGACUCCGACUCAAGAGGUGUUGUUUAAAUUUUGCGUCAAGUCGUAUUUCAUCAACAACGCCAUAAAUCCGGUUAUUUAUAGCUACUUGAACAUCAACUUCCGAAAAGACGCGCAGAAAAUGCUGACGCGCAUCUUGAGUGCAUGCUGCACUUGUUGCAGACGACACAGUGCUGCGGAAUGACUAUAUGGCAGCAGACACGAGGAGAGUUACCUUCCGGUUUCCUUUCAGAAGAAUGAAACUGACGACACUUGACACAAAGCGUAGCAGCACGUGCAAUGCACAGCAUCCGGGCAUUUAUCUGUAUGAACAUUGAUUUCCGGUCAACUGUCUCCCACGAAAUGUUCGAAUUCAAAUCACGACGUUCAAUGGUGCUUUCGUAGUUAUGUGGUAUUCCUGUAGUUUUUAUGUAUUCUGCAGCUUGAGUUAGCUACGCAUUUAGUACCGUUUAGCAACUCAUUUUGAAUAUACUUAGUUGCAUUUCUUUUAAUUAUGGAAACCACUAUCAUACUUGUAUUUGACCAUGUUUUGUUCAGGUUUACAUCAAGUACUUUUGACGUUACCAUUUAUAUUUUUUUAUUGUGAUUGAUGCUUCUAUGCAAUACUAUUGUAAACAUGUUUCUUCUAUUUUUUAGUGUUGUCGAAAUACGCUGUAAUAUAUUUAUUUAACGAAGAAAUCCACCGAUAAGAAAUAAAUACAAUAAUUU